AUGCGUUUACACGACAUCGUUAUCGGCGCUCUCAUCUCUUGCACUUCUUCAGCAAAUUCGCAUAGUCUGCCCAAAGCACGAAACGACAUCGACACUCAGACUGUCCCAUGGAAGAGAGCCCAAGCAGUAAAAGAAGCCUUCGAGUUCGCCUGGCAUGGUUACCAUACAUAUGCAUUCCCCAAUGAUGAAUUGCUUCCGGUCACCAACUCAUUCUCAAACACCAGAAAUGGCUGGGGUGCUACUGCUGUUGAUGCUCUCAGUACUGCUAUCUUGAUGGAGUCACAAGAUGUUGUCACAACCAUCGUGGACUAUAUCCCAACUAUCGACUUCAAUGUCAGCAAAAGCAACGCACCAGUCAGUUUGUUCGAGACUACCAUUCGCUAUCUCGGAGGCAUGCUUUCGGCUGUCGACCUUCUGGAUGGCCCUUACCAGCACCUGACUCAGUCGCCAAACGAUACUAUCGCAUUGACGCAACAAGCUGUCAAUCUGGCCUCCAAGCUGGAAUUCGCGUUCGACACACCGACUGGUAUCCCAUCCAACAAUCUCAACUUCGGAGAAGAGAGCUUCGACCUCUCUCAAUCCACCGAACUUGCUGUCGCUGGUUCUUUAGUCCUCGAAUGGACUCAUCUGUCAGACAUGGUUCACAGAGUCGCCUUCGCAAACCUGACUCAACACGCCGAAGAGUACCUCCUUCACCCUACUUACCAGAAUGCCACGAUACAGCCAUUCCCUGGUCUUCGCGGCACAAACAUCGACCUCCGCACAGGGAACUUUCUUGAUGUGAGUGGUAGCUGGGGCGGUGGAGAUGACUCAUUUUAUGAGUACCUGAUAAAGAUGUUCGUUUAUGAUCCCGGGAACUUCACCACCUACAAAGACGAAUGGCUCGAAGCCGUUCAAUCCUCGGCCCUCAGCAACAUAUCCUCACAUCCUUACUCUCGUCCCGACCUGACCUUCCUCGCCUCAUGGAAUGGGCAGGACGUCACUCUGGUAUCCAGUCAUCUGGCUUGUUUUGCCGGAGGUAAUUGGAUCCUGGGUGGACUGGUCUUGGGAAACCAGACCCUGAUUGACUUGGGUCAGAAUCUCACUGACAGCUGUGCCGAAACCUACAAUGCUACUCUUACAGGUAUAGGUCCUGAGGCUUGGGAAUGGGAGGACAAGAAUUUCUUCGAGGACGACGACGAAGAGGUUGACAUGUUCAUCGAGGACAAUGGCUUCAACAUCACAGACGCAAGCUAUAACUUGCGCCCUGAAGUCCUCGAAUCACUCUACUAUGCCUACCGCGCCACAGGCGACACAAAAUAUCAAAACUUGUCCUGGAAAGCAUUCCGAGCCAUCAACGCAACUUGUCGAACAGGAUCUGGAUUUUCGUCCGUCUCGAAUGUCAAUGCGCCACACGGUGGAAGCUUCAGCAACUUCCAAGAGAGCUACAUGUUUGCAGAGACUUUCAAGUAUGCCUAUUUGAUCCAGGCCGAGGACGCCAAAGUGCAUGUUGCGAAGAUGGGAGAGGAGCAGAUAUGGGUUUUCAACACUGAGGGCCAUCCAUUCAAGGUCCGAGAUCAGCAGUGA